AUGGUUGAUUUAUUUCUUUAAAAAAUUUAAUUAAUUUUUAUUGCCUUUAAAACUAUUUAAAAAAAUUUUUACAUCUUCAUAAAACAUUGUAAUACUGCUAACUGCAUGAAUUCAGCAGAAUAAAGUUCGAUUCAAGGAUCUUAAAUCAUUUCAAAAAUUCUGAAAUUUGAUAAAUUUUUUCCGAUUUUCUAGUGUAUCAUAUUUAAGUAAAAUUUAAAGGGUACCACGUAUUUUUCAACUCCUCCUCAAUCCUGUUCAACCACGUCUGUUGCUUGCGUGUGCGUUUUUAUGCAUUAAAUUAGGCAACCUUCGUCUGGCCUGGAAUAUGUUAUUUCAGUCUUCUCUACUUUGGCAGACGCUGUCAUCGUCACAAUUUGUAUAAGCUUCUUAAAGGGUUAAGGCCAGAAAGUGAGUUGCACAAGCAGGCGGCCGCAUAUUAAUUUGGCCCGUAACAUGUUGCACAACGAUGGAGAAUUAUAUAAAUUGCUGGCUGCAAUUUUGUCCUGCAAUCGUUGGAUUUAUGAGAAAUAUGGACCGCAAUAUUUAUCAAAUGUCCAGUGGCAAGUUUAACGCUUUCCCCCUCUUUUAAUCGCACAUACAGAAUAUAUAUCGUUUGCCAUUGUAUAAUAAUCCAGAACUUAGCAUAAAUUUCAACUUGAGAAGUGGACAAAGUUUUGCAGUACGUUUUGCACUUCUGGUUGGGGCAUUAAUUAUGAUAGUAUUUCUUGGACCUUAAUAAGCAUUUGGCAUUCAGGGGGAGCCCUCAAAUAUGCAAACGGUUUGCCCUGACAGUCAACGCCACUUGACUGCAUUGUCGGGUAAUUACAAUAAGACGCUCAUAAGCUCAUCGAAAAGUAGAGUGCCAAAUGCAAGAUGCAAAUGGCAGAGAACCAGGGAACCUCAUUGUCUCGCUCGCAUUAAUUAACUGACAGAUGGGAAUGUCUGCUGGGGAAGUUGUCUUACUCUCUUGUCCUCUGUGGCCGGGCUCAAAUAAAUCUCAGCCGCUUAAAUACCCGAACGUCUGCAAUCGAGAAAACAAAUGUGGAGUGUUUGCAUUGUAAAGGGAAGCUCAAAUUGGGGCAUAAAUAAUGCAAAUGUUGUACUGAUGACUUGAAAGUGAAAAUUUGCCAACUCUUGUGAAAAUAAUUAAUUUUGUAUUUAUGCAGCCAGUUUAUAGAUUGAAUGGCAAAGCGAGAAGGAAUCUCUAUUCUUCUGUAAAUCAUCUCUAUUGCAAUACCGAAAAUUGUACAAAUUUUGCACAAUCCGUGACAUAAUACAUUAUUAGCCAUUUACAGACAUUGUUGAAUAUCAAUAACUAGGAAUCCCUGAGUUGUUUAUCAUUUUUAUUUCAAAGCAAAUAGAUUUACAAAUGUGGUUUACCUAUUUAUUGCUACUGCAAAUUCCGAUAUUCUCGCUUGGGAAUUUGACCACAGGAUAUCAAUAUUCGAAUGGUACUUAUAGCCACCUGAAUUCGUAUUUGGUGUCCUUGCGAACUCGUAAAUAUAUUUAUGUUCCUGGAGAUAAUCACUUCUGCACCGGAGUGAUUCUAACUAACCGCCAUGUACUCACUUCAGCACAUUGCAUCACAGAUAAAAAGGGUAUGAUGAUGAACCCAAAAAGAAUUGUGGUGGCUCUUUGUUCAGCUCUCUUUAAAAGUCCACAGUACGAGGAAUUCCUGGUUGAAAUCCAAAACAUGGUUAUCUAUCCCUAUUACCAUAGAAACAAGCAGGAUGAUUUGGCAAUUAUCAAGCUAAAGAGAACUGUUAAAUUUGAUGGCCACCAUUUGGCAAAAGUUGUAAUAGGAAGUUCUCCACUAGAAGUUGGUAAAGAUUGCAAGACCGUUGGUGGAAACUUUGGCAUUAAAAGACAAAGAUUUGGAUCAUUUCAAAGCAUGUUAUUUGUUGAUGUAGAAUUGCGACCUGUUGAAGAGUGUCUGAGUGUAAAGAAAGAUUUAAAGGAGUCUCGAUUAGAAAACGAUGAGCUAAUAUGUGUGAGAUCCUUGGAAAAUCGUGUUUGUACUACCGAUUUCGGUGGCCCCCUAUUUUGUGAUGGUCAGCUCUAUGGGAUCGCUUUGGGCACCGUUAAUUGCUCCAGUCCAAAUCCAGUUUUUUUCAGUGACGUGCCAUUUUACACCAGCUGGCUGAACAAAAUGAUAUCUCAGGGAGUGGAGCUGCAGCCAGAUCAUAAAUGGAUAUUUUUUUUGGCUUUCCUCAUCUGUUUUUUGGGCAACUUUCACUUGUGGCAGCGAGUGGAUAUCUAAAUCUCCAUGAAAAGGAAAAAUUGCCGGCCUGAAAAGCAACCCCUGCCAUUAAUGGAAAGCCGAGGAAAAGCCCUAGGAAACUUUCGCCUGCAAUGCACCUGUGUGCCACGUGUGGCAAAAGUCACGUUCACUUUACCACACCAACCUCCUUCCCCAGAAAAUACUUUCCUUUCAACUUUACCAAAAAUAUUUUCGGUUAUUGCUUAACACUUUUGCACUUCUGCAUUAAUCAAAGCGAAAAAGAAACUUCCGAAAAAAAGCUUAAUAAAUUUGUACAUAAAACAUGAUUGAUAAAGGCCAUAAAUAAUCCCAAUAAUAAAUAGAAAAUUGGUCAAGAAAAAAGUAAAAGGCCGCGACACGGCAAUUUGAUGUAACAACCAAUCAUUAUUAAUAGCCACGAAACGCUGGAUAAAAACCAACCCGUAAAGGUAAAAAGAAAUUGCACACACACGCGAUAAUGUUGCCCGAAAAGAAAAGCCAGAAGUUAACAAUAACAAGUUUGGCGCUGAACUCUUAUUGGCUUUGAGUUCAAGUCUCGCUGUCAGUCGGUCGAUGGAAAGCCAGCCAUAAAUCAGUAAUAAUUAUCUUUUUUGUUGCUCUGCAAUUGCCCAAAUGCAGGUAGCUGGUAUCACAAAAGCUGGUAAAUCGAUGCUGAUAAAUUGAAAAUUACCAGCCAAGCGAUAUAUAAUGGUCGGGAUGAUAAGCUCACAGAUUGCAUACACAAAAGUACGUGUACUCGUGCAUGCAGCAUUUGAUUUUCCUUUUAUAUUGCUGAAAUUGCAUACCAAUUUGUGGUAGACAGCAGCCCAGACAUAUGUGGGUUUUUCAUUUUUUCCUUCUCUGUUUAAAUCAACUAGAUGUUGAUGGGGAUAAUGGGAACAAUUUUCUCAUCAGAAUGUUUCAAGGAAAUAAAAAUACAAGUUUUAUUAUUCAAUUAAAAUACACAGCUUCAAUGUUUUUUUUUAUCCCAAGCAAAUGAAUAUUAUUUUAUAACAAACAUAUAUUUUGUGGCCUAUAAAUACUUGUAUUUAUUCCACGGUGCCCUGUGCAACUUCACACAACGUCCAACUAAAACUCUAGUUGAAAAAUCAAAGUACCCGAAUACAAAAUUCAAGUAAAAAUCACGUUCCGACCAAAAGACGCUAACGUGGCCAAAAAAUGGGAAACAAUAGCCACAACAGGAGGAUCCGAGUCGAUGCAUCGAUAUGGACUCCCGGACCAAACUUGAUUUUUAUUGGGGCGAGUGAGGGCAUUAAAUUAUAUCUAUUUGUACAAUUUAUAGAGGGGAAAAGUGAAGUGAAAUGAUUUCUAUGGCCACACAUGUGAGGCUAGAAAAAAAUCACUUUAAGUUUGGGGCAGCGUUUCCGCUGAGGCAAGACCACUGAACUGGACAAACGUUUCUCCCAAAAACUGCAGACAUGGCAUCAAAUAAAACAUGGGGAACAACAGAAAAGGAGAAUCCAGUCGGAAUCCGUAAAUCCAACCCAGAGGACCGACGAUGGUCCACCGAAAAUUCCGCCAGUGAAAAAAGCUAAAUAAAUAAAUAUCACCAGCAG